UUACUCAAUGAACCAGACGUGGCUGCUUUAUGAGCCCUGUCCUGUGCAUAUAGAGAGAACCAGCAGGAAAAAUCUAUGUCAAUUAGCCAAAGCAAUAAGUCUUUUCGGCCCGUGCUGCUUUCUGCAAGUGUUUUGUACAUAAAGCAAACUCUGCUGCUGUCCAGAGCGACGUCACGCGGGUUGGAAAGGGCUGUCUGUGCGUCUUCACGCGCUCAUAUACGCUCUCACAUGCUGUCGGUGUGUUUACAGAGCGAGGAGAGUUUGAGCCCACGACUUCCAGAGAGCGCUUGUGGACUGUCAUGUCCCACACCGAGCGGACAAUGAACUGGAGCUUCAUGGCUGUUUACACAGAGGAAAUGUCCACAACAGCCAGCCCAACCAUUCCCUCCUCACAGCUGUCGCCCGAUCAAAUCACAGUGGUCGCUGCGUCCUUUUCUUCUCUAGUGUUGUUUGUGGUUAUUCUGGUGCUGCUGACUAUUAUUUACCGCAAGGAUCCUCAGUGUUGCAAACAUUCCUAUCAGGAACCACAUGCAGAUACGGAUGCGCCUCCUCAGUACUACAGCAGCAGGCAGACUCUGGUGGGAUCCCCUUGUUUAGAACAGACUCAAAUCAUUGAUGACAGCAACACCCAGGCAGGUGAUUUGUUCUACGUUGGCCUGCCCUCCAGCUACAGCCUGCCCACACUUGAGGCCCCCCUGCCGAGGCUCCCCUCCUAUGAGAGUGUCCGAAAGAAGGACCGCCAGAGGCAGAUCCACAUGAUGAUUGCAGACCGCUUUGGCCUCAAUGGACCCAUUGUGGCUGAGCCUCCUCCGACAUAUGAAGAGAGUAUUCGCGAGUCUGCAGAGCUGGCGUACAACAUCCUCUCAUCUAGCUUGGACAUCUCUCCACCUCAGAGUUUUCACAUCAACACAGGAUCCAUCAUUGAAACUGGCACAGCUCGUCCAGUCAGCUCUGAUGUCAACAGCUUUGUUCUUCCAGCGGUGUGAUGCCGUCAUGUCCUCAAGCUCCCCGAUGAAGGUGAGAGGAGCUUAAUGGUUUCCGUACAGAGGAAGCCACCAAAGCAGAUCACGACUAGUUUUGUGCACAAUUUCCAAUUCAGAUACCUCAAGACUGACUUUUUCCUUCUGGUGGGAGACAGCUGAUGUUGAUCAUGAGCUGAGGAGAAACCAAAGAAGAGCUGCAUCCCCUCUAUUGAAGAACAAGUCACUGGCAUGUUUGAAUGUUGAAAACCCCUCAUUACUUUUUCACCCUGAAACAUUUAGCAUCUGUAAAGUAAGGUGGCUGGAACAUCUUAAAGAAGGACAGGAAUGAUGAGACUGCAGGACUCUAAUGCACCAAAAAUGGAACCACUACUUUCUGAUUACAGUGGGUUAUGUUCGGUUCAUGAACAUGUUUUAUACUGUUUGUUUUUUUUCGGCUGGUUCUGAAUUAGAGAUCAUUGUUUUUUUUGUUUUUUUUAAUAACUGUUUGAUGUGGAGCUGCUGUAAAGUGGGUGUUUUUAUCCUGCUGAGGUGCAGCCACACUUUUCCAGCGUGACGUUCAGGCUGUGGGAAGGAGAGUAAAAAGGUGCUAAUGAGAUGAGUUAAAAUGAGACAUUUACUGUAUCACAGCUACAUUUACUAUAACUGCCUCAAUGGAUUUUCUCUGUAAAGCAAGAAAGUCCAUCAUUUUAAAUUUUUAAAUCAUUUUCUCUUUUCUUUGGGGUCAAAUGUAUUAAGUAAUUUACCGUGUAUACAUGCCACAUCUUUGUCAUGUGAAUGUCUUGUACUGUAUUUAUUGAAGAAAAAUGACUGAUAUGUAUUUUCUCUGUGAAAUCAAAUUAAAUACUUUUAUUACUUUGA